CCAGUGAUAUCGGCCUCCGCCGUGACUCCGGAAGGACUCGCCGGGCCGCUGGAUGUGACGCAGGGGCCAGGGCGCGCCGGAUCCGCGGAGAAAGCGCAGAGAAGGCGGGUCUCGUCUGAGGUCUGGCAGUGAGAGACAGCCGGGCGUCCACGGCAGCACCAUGCCUGCACUCCUGGAGCGCCCCAAGCUUUCCAACGCCAUGGCCAGGGCGCUGCACCGGCACAUUAUGAUGGAACGGGAGCGCAAGCGGCAGGAGGAAGAAGAGGUGGACAAGAUGAUGGAACAGAAGAUGAAGGAAGAGCAAGAAAGAAGGAAGAAAAAGGAAAUGGAAGAGAGAAUGUCACUAGAGGAGACAAAGGAACAAAUUCUGAAGUUGCAGGAGAAGCUUUUGGCCCUACAGGAAGAGAAGCACCAGCUUUUCCUGCAGCUCAAGAAAGUUUUACAUGAAGAAGAAAAACGGAGGCGCAAGGAACAAAGUGACCUGACCACCCUGACAUCAGCUGCAUACCAGCAGAGCCUGACUGUUCACACAGGAACUCAUCUCCUUAGCAUGCAGGGGAGCCCUGGAGGACACAAUCGCCCAGGCACCCUUAUGGCAGCUGACAGAGCCAAACAAAUGUUUGGACCCCAAGUGCUUACGACCCGGCACUAUGUGGGCUCAGCAGCUGCUUUUGCGGGGACACCAGAGCAUGGACAAUUCCAAGGCAGUCCUGGUGGUGCCUAUGGGACUGCUCAGCCCCCACCUCACUAUGGGCCCACACAGCCAGCUUAUAGUCCUAGUCAGCAGCUCAGAGCUCCUUCGGCGUUCCCUGCAGUGCAGUACCUAUCUCAGCCACAGCCACAGCCCUAUGCAGUGCACGGCCACUUCCAGCCCACUCAGACAGGUUUCCUCCAGCCUGGUGGUGCCCUGUCCUUGCAAAAGCAGAUGGAACAUGCUAACCAGCAGACGGGCUUCUCUGACUCAGCCCUGACUCUGUUCUCUGCAGUCCUCUCUGCGCCCCAUGCACCCCCAGGCUCUGCAUCCAGCCCCUGGACUCCUUGCUUCCCCCCAGCUCCCUGUGCAGAUCCAACCAGCGGGAAAGUCGGGCUUUGCAGCUACCAGCCAACCUGGCCCUCGGCUCCCCUUCAUCCAACACAGCCAGAACCCGCGAUUCUACCACAAGUGACCAUCAGAUUAUUAUCUUCAGCACCAUACCCCCCCAUCCCACUGUGGGUGAGGGUACCCCCUGUGUGUCCCAGGCCAAUAAAAUCUACCUGCCACUGCCCCUGGCUGCUGCUGUUUGUGUUGCCUCCCACCCAACUGUCUGGAAUAGGUCAAGGCUGCUUGGAGGGUCAGGGGACGGCUGGCAGGCCCACAGCAAGUGAUACAAGUAGUGGGUUCCAAUGAACUCAGUGGCAGAGGUCAGUCUUUUUGUGGCUUCCAAAAUAUACCCAUUUAAUUGAAAUAAGCAGCUGAGUUGGGGGCUUCAUAUUAAACUUGUAGUUUUAUUCAGGUUUGAUUUUAACAAAUGUGUCGGGGAGAGAGCCCACAGGGAAAGGUAAAGCCCAUGGGGGCAGGGCCCUCCCAGAUGCCUGAGGAGGGGCAAGUCCCCUCCCCUCUCCUCCUUUUCCCUCCCCAUCUAAAGGGGUUUGGGGAGAGACACAGGCAGGGGAGGGGCUGGUCCCCAGUCUGUUGGGAUGGUGCUUAGGGUAAAGGGCCAUGGGGAACAGAGGACCAGACCAGGGAUGAGUGGGGAGGGCAUAAGGACCAUUUGCCAGAAUCCACUGCUUUCUGAUUCCAGAUUGAAU